AUGAGGAGACUGUUAAUCGUGCUGGCCCUGGGCCUGUGUGCCUUGGGCUUGAAAGGGGCCAAGCUCUCGGAGGCCCAGCACCGCGGUCUGCAGGUGGCCUUGGCUGAGUUCCACCAGCACUCACCUCUGCAGUGGGCCUUCAGGGAGACCAGCGUGGACAAGGCUGAGGACACGCCAUUCCCAGCAGGCAUCUUUGUGAGGCUGGAGUUCAAACUCCAGCAGACCAGCUGUCGGAAGAAGGACUGGAAGAACCCUGAAUGCAAAGUCAAGCCCAAUGGGAGGAAGCGGAAAUGUCUGGCCUGCCUCAAACUGGGCUCUGAGGACAGAGUUCUGGGCCGCAUGGUCUACUGCCCCAUCAUGACGCAGUCUCUUCGGAAGCCUAAGAUGCACCAGGAUGAUAUGUGCACUCACGUGGAGCGGGCCGGCGAGGACCCCCACAGCUACUACUUUCCAGGACAGUUUGCCUUCUCCAAGGCCCUGCCCCAAGAAUGA